AUGGAGGCAUCAUCUUCGAGUUCAAAAUUUUCAGCAGAAUCAGCAUUAUUACACGCAUUUCCCAGUCCAGUUGAGCUCGACGUCGCCUCCUCACUUCUUCUUCUCUCCGCCACCACUCCUCCGCCGCGUGAUAGAGGUCGCCUGGAGAAGCGCUGUGGUAACAAAGAGAGGAAAAUGAAGAAGAUGAAGUUUAAGCUGAAGUUCAAGGUGAAGAAGGUGAAGGAGAUCGCGGAGGAGGACAGCAAGAAUUCGCUUAAUUUCGCGGAUUUGAAGUCGCAAUUGAGCAGCAGUCCGGCUUCAUCGACGGUGACGGUUGAGAACAACGGCGAUCAGCGGGACAAGUUCGUCGCCAUGGUUUCUAAGCUUCCUCAGUUCCUGAAACUCAAGGUAGUGAAAAAGAGACGAUCAAAGAGCUUCAGUGCCUCUGAUUCCCAGAAAAGUAGCAGCUCAGCAAAGCCUGAGCCAUCUGCUUCAGAUUCAGUUUCGUCCUGUGUUUCGAGUGAUACCAGUGGUGCAAUUUCCAGCAGCAGUACCUGGAAUAAUGCCGUGAAGCAGCAUGGGGGUUAUGUGUUCUUUGCUCCAGUUAAAAGAAGGCCAGUUCUGGGUUCUGCACACUUGCGUGGCCGAGCCGAUGCCAUCUUGAAGAUUCUGUCGUCUCAGGGCUGUGCUUCUGAAGUUAAGAUCCGCGAGUUGCUUGGUGACAGCCCCAGUACCAGCAAAGCCUUAAGAAUAUUGCUGAACCUAGAGCAAGUGAAGAGGUGUGGAGCUGGAGGUCGUACUGAUCCCUAUAUUUACAUGAUAGCAUGAGGGCAUGAUCCAGUAUUUGGUGGAUAGCUGUGUAGAUACAACAACAAAUUCAGUGACUAUAACAAGAUUGAAGAAGCAAUUAGGUUUUUGACAGGACUGGUUAAAGUAUCAUACAUACUAGUAAUUAUGUGAGCGUGAUCUUCAAGUUAAUGUGAUGCUCCAAGUCGAAUGCAGAAAGGAUACGCAGACGGCUGACUAAUGAAGCUACCAUUAUUGUCUAUAAUAUAAUAUAUAUACUGUGUAAGCACUGAAGGAUACUCCCUGAUUUUGUAAGUUCCAUGAAUCCUUGUAGUGUCGAAACUUGUUCACGAGUCUGAUCUUUACAGUAACAGAUGAAACUACAUGUAGUUGUUCUUUUGUAUGGCUCAGUAGCUGCCUUGGCACUGAUUAGUGCAGGACCUAAAGCUGCAACGUUGAUUACUUUAUCUACUCUGAACACUUCUUUCCACCCACCAAUAUAGCAUGUAGAUAAGUGAGA